GUACGGAGGCGCAUUUCGGCGCUCAUUCAUCGCUAGACGGCCCCGCGCGCCGGUACCCUCGCGAGUGACUUUCAGUUUGUGAACCGAAUAUGGACUUGCUCACGAACACAUCAAUGCCCUGUUCAUGGAUGUCUUUUUAACCGGUUUUCCCAAAAGGCUUUUGGUAGCUGUAUCCGUAGUUAUAAUAAUCGCCAUGUGUCUCGACCCCGCGGAGGCUAGAUCCAUCGAACACAAGCGGAGACACCAAAGAAGAUACCCAGAGAUGGCGCAACUUACCAAAGAAAACAUAACGUUACGACGAAACCCCAGCGUCGACCAUUUUAAAAAUGCGACAAGGAAGAUCAAACACAAACUGAGGAAUACGAAGAGGUUUUUCGACCAGGACAAGAAGGUGCUAGUGAGGAACGAGACGAGGGACUACCGGGAGGGCAUGCCGGCGUGGCUGCCAGCUGUCAACUUUGUAGACAUCCACUUUCACGAUUACAAGAUACCUCGGAAGACGGGGAAAUCGGUUACGGAAAGAAAGUUCACGUAUCUGAUGCCGAAGUUGUACAAGACGUUGAAAGAGUACGAGGUGAUCUUCAAGCUGCUCCUCAACAUACAGGUGGACGUCGCGGACGACCCCUUCAACACCUACCUGGCCACCAGGAGGAAACUCCUCAAAGACACCCUCGACAAACUCUCCGCAACCAUCGACGAGGUACACUUCAACAUGGUAGCGGUCAACCUCCCUCCCCCGGUCUUCGACAAGAGCAGGAUGAAGCUCGAAGCCCUGCAGAGGAAGGUGGACGCGACGACGUGUCUAAAGUACGACCACAUAGCGUUCAGAGGCUACGGGAACCUUCUCAACAACUGGAACAGGGAGUUCCGGUGUCCCCUCAACAAGAAAACCGACAGGAAGUGUAGAGUCUUCCACGAGCUCAUGGAGAAAAAGAGAGUCAACAAAAAGAAUCAGAAUACCAGUUAGAUGUGAUCGUUUGUUAUUUAUUGU